UUUCAUAUGUGCAGCCGCGUCCGGGUAGGGGCCGCCGUCCCAAGGGGGGGUGUGGUGGAGGGAAGGGUGGUGGGGGUGGUGAGGGUGGAGGAGGUGGGGGCGGGGAAGAUGGUUCCGACGAGGGGACCGAGGCUGGUGCCCUGGAGCAGCAGCAGCCGCAGCCUCAGCAGCAGCAGCAGCAGCAGGAGCAGGAGCAGCAGCACAAGCAGUAGCAGUCCCAGCAGCCGCAGCAGUUGCCGCAGCAGCAGCAGUCGCCGUGUGGACCCCCUGUGAUUGGACCAUAUUACCCAGUG